CUGCUAGACUCGGGUCACAGGUCAAUUUGUUGUAUUUUGUUUGUGGACUGGGGCGGGACAAGAUCUUCAUCAGCUGUCUUGAUAACAAAGUGAACACCCAAUUUAAAAAGACAGCCUGUACAGUACACUUCAACCACUUUACACUAUUAUAAAUCAUGGCUAACAAGAGACUUGGUGAUAUCGACGUCAGCCAAACUGUGGUGUUUGUUUGUGACAUCCAAGAAAGAUUCAGAAACGCGAUUUCGUUCUUUCCGCAAAUUGCUGAGAUUUCAAACCGCCUGACUGAAGCAACUCGCAUUCUUGACAUUCCUCUGGUGGUUACAGAACAGUAUCCCAAGGGCCUUGGAAGUACAGUGCCAGAAGUAAAUAUUUCCAAUGCCGUAGGCGUCUACCCGAAGACGAAGUUCAGCAUGGUGCUUCCAGAAGUGGAAGAAAAGAUGAAGACUCUUUGUGGUGGAAAUGUCAAGCAUGUAAUUCUGUGUGGUAUUGAGACCCAUGUGUGUAUUCAGCAAACAGUUAUCGACCUGUUGAAGCGAGACAUUGAGGUCCAUGUUGUGGCAGACGCUGUGUCCUCGCGGGCCCAGACAGACAGACUGUUUGCUUUAGAGCGUUUUCGACACAUGGGCGCGACCGUGACGACCAGUGAGGCCAUUCUCUUGCAGUUGGUCGGGGACAAAGAUCAUCCAAAGUUCAAAGAAGUCCAAGGCCUCAUCAAAGCCAGCGCCCCUGACACAGGACUCAUCAACAAGUUGUAGGGACAAGAAUGUUCGAAGAAUAUAGUGGAAAAACCAGAUCAGCCACAUUUUUAAAAAAUUAGGUUUUUGGCCCUCUUGGUAUUCUGGAAACUUGAACUUUCUUCUCCGCAAAUGAUUCUACGGAUAACAGAGCUGUCCUGUGCUAUGUGUAAGGUUAAAGAAGCACUGUACCCCGAGAUAUCGACUUCCAAACUUAGAAUUUUUAUUCUCUAAACUUUCUUAAAAUGUGACUUGCUGUUUUAUUACACUGGAGCCUUCAGUUGUUUUUUCCUUUUAGUGUGUUAUUCUUUGAGAAUAAUUCCACACUACAAUGCUCAUAGUUUCUGUUUGUCCUGAAAUGUACAUGUACCAUAUGUGUUGGGGAGCUGUUUUGUUAUACAAAAUGUGGUUAUUAUUUUUUAUGUGGUUUUCUUAUAAGAAAAUAAAAAUUCUAAUUUAAAACA